UUCUUCCUCAUCGAGACCCUGUGCAUCAUCUGGUUCUCCUUUGAGCUCCUCGUGCGCUUCUUCGCCUGCCCCAGCAAGCCCGAGUUCUCCCGCAACAUCAUGAACAUCAUCGACAUCGUGGCCAUCAUCCCCUACUUCAUCACCCUGGGCACCGAGCUGGCCCAGCAGCAGCAGCAGAAGCAACAGUCCGGGGGCAGCAGCAACAACGGGGGCCAGCAGCAAGCCAUGUCCCUGGCCAUCCUCAGAGUCAUCCGCCUGGUCAGAGUCUUCAGGAUCUUCAAGCUCUCCAGGCACUCCAAGGGGCUGCAGAUCUUAGGGAAGACUCUUCAGGCCAGCAUGAGGGAGCUGGGCCUCCUCAUCUUCUUCCUCUUCAUCGGGGUGAUCCUCUUCUCCAGCGCCGUCUACUUUGCAGAGACUGAUGACCCUGACUCUCUGUUCACCAGCAUCCCUGAUGCUUUCUGGUGGGCAGUGGUGUCCAUGACCACCGUGGGCUACGGGGACAUGUAUCCCAUGACCAUUGGUGGCAAGAUUGUGGGCUCCUUGUGUGCCAUUGCAGGUGUGCUCACCAUCGCCCUCCCCGUCCCUGUCAUCGUGUCCAACUUCAACUACUUCUACCACCGGGAGACCGAUCACGAGGAGCAGUGCCAGUACACCCACGUCACCUGUGGCCAGCAACAGUCACCCUUCUUUGAGCCUAAGAAGGGGGACAGUAAUCAGUCUCUCAGCAAAUCCGAAUUUCUGGAGGCAGAAGACCUGGAGUCCAUGAAAUACUCCAACUUCAUUCCUCCCAAUAACCAGGGUUUUAAAGAGAAGAAGAUGCUGACAGAGGUGUGACCAGUUCCGUUUUCCUGGGUCCAGACACGGAGCUGCGAGCUGCUGCACAGCAGCCUGGCCACAAGCAGCUGGAUCUGUUCAGCAUUUACAUGCCAGACUGUGAAUUGUGAUACCGUAAACAGAAUGAUUGUGAUAAUGGGCUCUUCUGUCCUGAUUUGCCAUUUCUCAUUACUGUGUGCAGCCAGAAUCGUCCUCGCUUUAUUCCGUGGAGUGCUAGCUGUCAUCCCCACGCCCCUGUGAAUUUUCCUCUCUGUUUUUGAAGACUGCCUUUAACCCAGCGUUUGCCCUGAGACCGAGCCUGUUCCUCCACCGGCAGAGAAGCCCUUGCCACUCCUUCAGCUGAAGGAUCCAGCGGAGUGAACAGUUAAAGGGGCCGCAAACAUCUGGCAGGGCAGCCGUGCCCUUGGUUCCCGUGCCGGCGGUGCCCUUGGCUCUGGGAUCGGUCACGCCUGCCCUGCCAUCGCCUCUGAAUAAUGGAAACGCUGCAGCCAGGAGCUCUGCAGCUGUAGGGGACAGUCAGCAAGCAGAUGCCUGCCUUCUUUGCAACCCUUGGCAUGAUAGAGAUCAUCCCCUUUUUGGUUUGUGU